AGGUGACAUCACGUGCGUGCGCGAGCGACUGGCGGACAGACGGGGGUGCCCGUCGCCUUAGACACUCGUCUUUUUUUUUUUUGCCGCCUAGGCUGAGGGAGCCCGGUGGCUAAAUAAAGAGUCGAACACACCGGGAUCGGUUUCGGCGCUUCCCUUUCUUCCCACCUUCCUUUCUUCCCCCUCGGCGAAGGUUGCAGAGGCGCAACUGGGGAGCGAAGGGGCCUGGACCUGAAACAAAAUGGCGGCCCCGGGCGAGUACUUCAGUGUGGGCAGUCAGGUGUCGUGCCGGACUUGCCAGGAGCAGCGGCUGCAAGGCGAGGUGGUGGCUUUUGAUUACCCCAGCAAGAUGUUGGCACUCAAAUGCCCUUCCUCAAGUGGUAAACCUAACCAUGCAGAUAUCUUGCUUAUAAAUUUACAGUAUGUAUCAGAAGUUAACAUAAUCAGUGACCGCACAGAAACACCCCCACCUUUAGCUUCACUCAAUGUUAGCAAGCUUGCAAACAAAGCGCGGAUGGAGAAGGAAGAAAAGCUGAGCCAGGCGUAUGCAAUUAGUGCUGGGGUCUCUUUGGAAGGACAGCAACUAUUCCAGACUAUACAUAAGACUAUUAAAGAUUGUAAAUGGCAAGAGAAGAAUAUAGUCGUGAUGGAAGAAGUUGUCAUUGCUCCUCCAUACCAAGUGGAAAACUGUAAAGGCAAAGAGGGGAGAGCCCUAAGUCAUGUACGCAAAAUAGUGGAGAAACAUUUUAGAGAUGUCGAAAGUCAAAAGGUGAUGCAGCGUUCACAAGUCCAACCAACACAGAAGGAAAGCGCCCUCUCAUCCUGAGUUCCACCUGCCCUUCCUGGUUGCGACAGAUUGCUUCUGUGGGGGUUGGGGGGUGGGUGAGCCCUGUGAACAUGCAGCAGCAGAUGAAACAGACUUCCUCAAAAGAGGGUAGGGAGGUUUCCACUUCUAUGUUGUGGCUACCUUGUAAUGAUGGGACCCACAGUUUCUGAACUUUAGACUUCAAAGACAAAAACAAGAGAAUAAUUUAAAAAUUCAUUCAUUACUUGAUUAACAGGCUCUUUACUUUUUGCCCUCCAGGUUUCCCCCCAGAUCAGUCAGCUGUCUUGUAUUUGAGGCUUUUCUCCCCUCCCAGUUAUUUUUUCCUGCUUUACUGAAAUAAAUUCCAUGCCACCCCU